AUGAAGGUAGCUAUUAUCGGAGCUGGAGCAAGUGGGUUAACAUCACUAAAAGAAUGCAUCGAUGAAGGGAUUGAAGGAGUUGUAUUGGAAAAAGAAAACUAUAUAGGCGGUCUAUGGAGGUUUUCAGAAGAAGUUGGCAAGGGUGGAACCGUGUAUCGCUCGACAAUUAUCAAUACUAGCAAAGAGUUGAUGUGCUUUAGCGAUUUUCCAAUACCCGCUAGCUAUUCACCUUUUAUGCACAAUACCGGCGUGAUUAAAUAUUUUGAAAUGUACGCCGAAAAAUUCGAUCUCUACAAACAUAUCCGAUAUAAUACCUUCGUCCAUCAAAUUAAACAAGCAUCUGACUACGAUCAAACCGGAAGAUGGGAUAUAGUUACCAGUCCUUCGGAUGAUCAUGCAAACAAAACAACAACGACAUAUGAUGGUGUAAUGGUAUGUUCAGGCCAUCAUUGGGAUCCAAGGAUGCCAUCAUUUAAAGGAAUGGAUGUGUUUAAAGGCAAACAAAUGCACAGUCAUGAUUACAAAGAUUAUCGCGGUUUCGAGAAUAAAAGAGUCGUUGUUGUCGGCAUUGGUAAUUCAGCUGUUGAUGUUGCUUGCGAAACAAGUCAUCACGCUUCUAAAGUUUUCCUCAGUACUCGACGCGGAACUUGGGUAUUUUCACGACUGGGCCCUGGCGGACAGCCAAUAGAUCACGUCUUCAAUCGUUUUAUAAAUGCUGUUAUGCCAACAUCGAUGCUAGAAGCGGAAUUGAAAAAGGGUUGUGAAGCAAGAUUUAAUCAUGAGCAUUACGGUUUAAAAACUUCCUAUCGUGUGCUUGCUCAACAUCCAACAAUGAGCGAUGAACUACCAGUUCGAAUAAUAUGUGGCUCGGUUAAAGUAAAGGAUAACGUAGAAAGCCUUACUGAACAUGAUGUCACUUUUACCGAUGGCACGGUUGAAAAAGAUAUCGAUGUGAUUGUCUAUAGUACUGGUUACAAAUUUGGUUUCCCUUUUCUGGACCCAUCCAUUGUAGAAGUCGUAGAAAACAAAUGUGAUUUAUAUAAAUACGUCUUUCCACCUCAUCUUAAACAUGCAACAUUGGCUAUGGUUGGAUUUGUUCAGCCCGUAGGUGCUAUUAUGCCAAUAUCAGAAAUGCAAGCUCGAUGGGUUACUCGAGUCUUUAACAAGAAAAGUACGUUACCCUCCGAAGCUGAAAUGAUGGCAGACAUAACGGGAAAACGUGAUCAUAUGGCUUCUAGAUAUACCGAAUCACCAAGGCAUACCAUCGAGGUUGAUUUCAUACCAUUUAUGGAUGAGUUGGCUACAUUGAUCGGCUGCAAACCAAGUUUUUUGAGUAUGUUCUUUACCGACCCUAAGUUAGCAUUCCAAUGUUGCUUUGGUCCUUGUACUCCACCGCAAUAUCGAUUGCAGGGACCACAUUCUUGGAAAGGUGCCAAGAAGGCUAUCGAAAGUGUCGAUAACAACGUGAUCAACUCUAUGUGCACUCGCCAAGUUAAAGCUGUUAAAAGUCGCAGCGGUUUCUUCACAUGGUUUGUACUGCUUGGUAUUAUCAUGGUUCCACUUGCGUACGCUAUAUAUCGCAGUAAUGGCGAUAUAGGAGGAGCAGUCAGCGAUAUCGGUUAA